UGCGUCUACAACGCCGACGAAACCGGGCUGUUCUACAGGAUCAUGCCCAAGGCUACAUACCUCGCACCAUCAGAGCUCAAGAAGACCGUGCGUGGCGUGAAAGAUAUGAGAGCGAAGGAUCGAGUCACCGCCUACAUGGCUACGAGCGGCAGCGGGCGUAAGGUGCCGCUGUCUUUUAUCGGCACAGCCAAGGAGCCCCGGUGCUUCAAGAUCCGGGGCUCACCCAUCAAAUACUUCAGCCAGAAGAACGCGUGGUCGAACGCGCGAGUGUUCAAGCUGUGGUGGUCGCAAGUGUUCCUGCCACACGUGCGCUCCGUCACCAGCGAGAAGGUUCUUCUCGCUCAGUAGCGUGGUGGAAGGCAGUAGCA